AUGCCGAGCGUCGAAUUGGCAUCCAAGCGCCAAGCUGCGCGAGAAGUAAUUGAUAUCCUUUCGGAGAUCUCUCUCCUGCUUAACACACAUCUGGACCGUAGCACACUGUCUCUUUGUGUAUCCUUGAUCGAGAAUGGCGUCAACCCUGAAGCGCUGGCGACCGUGAUCCAUGAACUGAGGAAAGAGGGCGCAAAGGUUCAGCAGCAAGGCAGCCUAGGGUCUGGAUAG